CGUGUCUGAGGAGAAGCGCCGCGUGUGGUAACGCGGGAAGCCCGCCUCUGAGGCACUGCGAGUUCCGGCCGGCGCCCGCUUUUCCCUGGUGGUGCGCCGGUGUCGAGUCCCACGUGGAGAUGGCAGACGACCUUGGAGACGAGUGGUGGGAGAACCAGCCGGCAGGAGCAGCCAGCAGCCCAGAAGCCUCAGAUGGUGAAGGAGGAGGAGACACAGAAAUGACGCAGCAGGAGACAGCUCCAGUACCUGCCCUGUCAAAGAAAACCAAACAGCCUAAAGAAUGUUUCUUGAUACAACCAAAGGAAGCAAAUGAAGAUGCCACCAAGACCAGGAAAAGGAAAAAGAAGAAAAUUACUGAUGUUCUUGCAAAAUCAGAGCCAAAACCAGGGACACCUGAAGACCUACAGAAACUGAUGAAGGACCAUUACAGCAGCACUCACUCAGUGAUUGAAUUAGAAGAACUAACCCUACCAGACUCCUGCUUCCUCAAGGCCAAUGAUUUGACUCACAGUCUUUCAUCAUAUCUAAAAGAAAUCUGCCCUAAGUGGGUGAAACUUCGGAAAAAUCACAGUGAGAAGAAAUCAGUCCUGAUGCUGAUUAUCUGUAGCUCUGCCACCCGAGCCCUGGAGCUCAUUAGGUCGAUGACCGCAUUCAGAGGAGACAGCAAAGUUAUGAAAUUAUUUGCAAAACACAUAAAGGUCCAGGAGCAAGUAAAAUUGCUGGAGAAGCGUGUGGUACACCUGGGUGUAGGAACUCCAGGGAGGAUUAAAGAACUCAUUAAACAAGGUGGCCUUAAUUUGAACCCCCUAAAGUUUCUGGUUUUUGACUGGAACUGGAGAGAUCAGAAGUUGAGAAGGAUGAUGGACAUUCCCGAGAUAAGAAAGGAGGUUUUUGAACUUCUGGAAAUGGGAGUCCUCAGUCUAUGCAAGUCAGAAUCUUUGAAGCUGGGCCUUUACUAAGUCUGGAUCCUAAUGAAAAUUCCUGUUUUCAUGGUGGGAUUUGCAUGGCUCUGGCCCACUGCAAGCACUUGGUAAAUAGCAACUAUUGUUUUAUUAAGUUGACUGUAUCACCAGAUGGAUCACUGGGAAUCUUAGGUGGGGAUUCUUUUACAAAAGUGAAUCUGUCCUUUGCCAACUCCCUUGUGUAAUAAAGUAUCACUGGCUUGUGUG